UAAAACCGCGCGCCACGACGAAAAAUUUUCAUUCAGCCACCAGGGUUGAAUCGUCUGCAGCCGGUCGCCUGCGUCAUUCCAAGUUAACAUCUCGGCCCAUCAUCAUCCAAAAAAUAACCUACUUUUUACAGUGAUUGCUUCCAUUUUUCACAACUAACCGUCUGAAUAUCAUUAAUAUCGUCAAUUCAAGUGCAAAAUUUGUAAUCAAUAUUCUGAGAGAUUCAUCGGUAUUACGUCACGUUUUCAUCUUCAACAUGUAUCUGCAAAACGUCAUCAGGAAUUUAUCGUCAUCGUCAACACCUUCCUUCCGACAUCACCAUCAUCAUCAUCGUCGAUCUCAGAGCAAUUUCAGGGCUGUGAUGUUUUCUUGGAUUUUCAGUAGUUGUUUUCUUCUCCGUAUUUGCAAUGGAUGCGUCCCGAGUUUCUCAGUGGAUACAAAUGUGGAGGAGGAAAUAGCAGGGGGAUUGGCGGAGCCAGUGCGAGCCAGCCCGGCUCCCACCGCGGCAGCUCGGGCAAGGUUUCCCGUCACCAAGCCUCCUCAGUGGUAUUCUGAUCCAGUUGGUUCCGAAAUUCGUUUCUUGGUCAUGGGUGACAUAGGAGGCAUGGCCGAACAUCCUUAUACCACUGACGAUCAAGUGGACGUGGCCUGGGCUGCGGGCAAUGUCGCGGAAAACUUCAAAGCAGACUUCAUCGUCGAGCUCGGCGACAAUUUCUACGAACACGGAGUUAAACACGUCCACGAUCCGAGAUUUCGGCAAACGUUUGAAGACGUUUAUGCGGCCGAAUCGUUGCAGGUUCCUUGGUAUAUCGUACCAGGUAAUCACGACUGGGAGGGCAACAUCACGGCACAGAUAGAAUACUCCAAAAUAUCUCCAAGAUGGCAUUUUCCAAGCUUGUACUACACCAAAGAGUUCCGUAUCCCAGGCGACCCUGAUGCUCGGCUCUUCUUGGUGGCUAUUGAUACCAUGCUUCUCUGUGGUAUGGGGGCGCCCCCUACGGGCCCUUGGAAUAUCACAGCAGCCGAGGAACAGUGGAGCUGGUUAGAACAUCAACUUAAUCUAACAAAAGAGGCAAGUUAUGUAAUAGUCGCGGGACACUACCCCGUUCGAUCGAUAGGUUCACAUGGCCCAACUCGGUGUCUUGUAGACAGGCUGGAACCACUUCUCAAACAGUACAACGUCUCUGCAUACUUUGCGGGCCAUGAUCACUGUUUACAGCAUAUCCACGAGCCAGAGUCACCGGUGGAAUAUUUCAUCAGCGGUGCUGGAGCUAAAAUCGACCCUGGUAGAACUCAUCGCUUUUCUGUGCCAGCCGAUUGGCAACACUUUCACAUGGGCAACGUCCGACGAAAAGGGGGCUUCGCCUACGCGGAGGCGACGGCCGAACGGUUGACGGUCGCAUUCACCGACGCGAAGGACGUCUGGGAUUUACAUAAAGCUACGAUAUUACCACGGAGGGUCAGAUAAUGAGGUCCUCGUCAUGAUCGUUGACCACGUAUAGCAUGGGACUUGACUUUGAGCACGGGUACGAUGUCGAACGAUGUCUGUUAUUAUACGACUUCAAACGCCUAUAGGAGGAUAAGUCAAUGAUGUUAGUCUAGAUGUCACGGACUCGAAGACAAGUAAAGUUGAAAUUAGCCACCGUCAUCGUCUUCACCUUCGUCAUAGUCAUCGUCGACAUCAGGAACAGAAAUAAUAGCAGCAUUGCCAGAAGCAUCAACAGCAUAUAAUGUUAAACAACUUUAAGACGACCAUGACAACAUGAAGAUAGCGAUGGCGUCGCCUUGAGUAACGCGCGGGUGACGAGGCGCGUGCCCGUCUGGGAUGACCGAUGAACGACUAAAAGUGAUUCAGUCAUGCCCCAGGUACAUCGACGAAACCGACCCUAUAACGAUGAAGGCUAUUAUGUUAAUUCGAAUGGCGUACCAUCGGUCAAUUUGGAGUCGGUUUUAUUGGUGUGACUUAACCCAUUAUACUUAUGACCAAGCCGCCAUUUUCGCUGCAUUACAUUGCGUCCUGUGCAAACCUCCCACCUGCAUCGACGCUGCAUUAUGCAUCAGGCGUGCCACAUUAAUUUCAAAUGUCAUACUGGUUGGUUUGCAGUCAGUUUUAGUGAUGCGACCAUGGCAUCAACAUAUUAUUUCAGAUUGAUAAAAUACAUCGUUAUUAUGACUGGUUAUACAGUAUAAUAAUAAUUAUGUUAUGCUAUAUUAGCAUAUUCACCUCUAAACCCUAAAACAAACAGGGAAAAACGUCUUGAUUGAUAGUCGACUGUACGUGUGCAGCAGAUAUAGGCCUAUACUCACAAUUCACAAUUCUUCUCAGAAAUCACUUUGUUCUGGUCAAAUGCAACUAGAAUAUAGUCAAAAUAUGUCUAGAGUAUUGUCCAAUUGCGACUAGGAUAUAGUCAAAAUGCGACAAGAAUAUAGUACAAUAUGACUAAGGUGAUGGUUGCACCAAGCCGACUCGGACAUUUUGUGUUAUGCAUUUUCAGAUGUUUCUUUUCAUCGUUACAAAGACUCGGCAGAAAAGACUUUGCUCUGGUUAGGUCAAAUGCGACUAGAGAAUAGUCAAGAGUGACAAAAGCCAUAGUCGCACCCAAAUUGUCCUUUUCACAAGUUGCUUCAUUUCAGAGUGAAUAGGAUUUUGUUUUAUAAAAUCCCCAACCUACAAAGAAUGCAUCCCUUUCAGAGAAUUAAAACACAUAAGCUUGUAAUGCAUAUAGGCCCAUCAGCUUUAUCUACUUGCGUAUAAUUUCUUUUCUUAAAUUAUGGGGAAAAUGAAAAUAUGUUUAAAAAGAAAGGCUGAAAUAAUGUUUUUUUAGUGGUAGCAGGCUCGUUAUAAAGUCUGGCCAUUUUUUUUAAGUUCACCCGAGCAUGCCAAGUCGAGGGGCCCGUUUCACAAAAUACUUACAGCAAACUUUACCUUUGUUGUAGUUUCCAUGGAAAGCUUGUGAUUGGCUGUCGAGCCCUGUUACCGUGGUAAAGUUGAAACAGUUGUAAGUCAUUUAUGAAACUUAUACCACAGGUGAUGUCCCUUAUUUGAGCAUCUGUUUUCCUCACUAUCAUGACUAUAGGGUAAGUUUGGGAAUCGUGCGAUCAGUGGAUGAAACUCAGUGUUUGGAUCCCCUUAAAAAUCCUGGCCCAUUAUGCUACUGAGUCGUCCUAUUUGGAUUUUACAUGACGAUUUUAUUAAUAUAUGGCACAAGGAACUGUUUGGGAUAUAUACACCAGG